UCACGGCACACGUCGCGCUGCAGUGGGCGGAGACGCGGCCCAGCGCUGCUGAAACACAACCGAGCCUUUGGAAUCCAGAAAACGGAUAGAAUCGAGAAGAAAACCGCGACAAAAAGAGCAAAAAACGAGCAAGAGCUGGAGCAUUAGCUGACCUGCAGUCAUGGAUCCGGCUUUACCUCCAGACCUGAACCCUGAGCCUGAACCGGCUCCAGACGUCACUUCACAAGCAGACGCCGUUCAAGAUUCUCCAGUCCAGCCCACCCUGGAUUCGAACCCGCAGCCAUACCUGGAACCGGUUUCAGAACCGACCCUGAACCCAGAAAUAAAGCCAGAACUAUCAGCACCAGAACUCACACCAGAACUACCGAUCCCAGAACCGGCCCCGGCUCCAACGCCUCCUCCAGCGGCCAACUCCUCCUACAAGAUCAUGACCUUCAGACCCACCAUGGAGGAGUUCAAGGACUUUGGGAAGUACAUCGCUUACAUCGAGACCCAAGGAGCUCAUCGUGCCGGUCUGGCGAAGGUUAUUCCGCCGAAGGAGUGGAAGCCGCGGCGUUCCUACGAGACCAUUGAAGAGAUGGUCAUUCCCGCUCCCAUCAUGCAAGUGGUGACCGGCCAAUCAGGACUCUUCACGCAAUACAACAUCCAGAAGAAGUCCAUGACGGUCGGAGAAUAUCGCAAACUGGCCAAUAGUAAAAAGUACUGCACCCCUCAACACAAGGACUUUGACGACCUGGAAAGAAAGUACUGGAAAAACUUGACGUUUGUGUCGCCCAUUUACGGCGCCGACAUCAGCGGGUCCCUUUAUGACCCGGACAUCACGGAGUGGAACAUCGGCCAUCUGAACACUCUUCUGGACAUGGUGGAGCAGGAGUGUGGGAUCGUCAUCGAGGGCGUCAACACGCCAUACCUGUACUUCGGCAUGUGGAAAACCACCUUCGCCUGGCACACGGAGGACAUGGACCUCUACAGCAUCAACUACCUGCAUUUCGGCCAACCAAAGUCCUGGUAUGCCAUUCCUCCUGAGCACGGCAAGAGGUUGGAGCGGCUGGCACAAGGUUUUUUCCCAGGAAGUUCUCAGGGCUGCGACGCGUUUCUCCGUCACAAGAUGACCCUCCUUUCUCCAUCCAUCCUGAAGAAAUACAGCAUCCCCUUUGACAGAAUCACGCAGGAGGAGGGCGAGUUCAUGAUCACGUUCCCGUACGGAUAUCACGCCGGAUUCAACCACGGCUUCAACUGCGCCGAGUCCACGAACUUCGCAACCCUGCGCUGGAUCGACUACGGCAAGAUGGCCACACAGUGUACGUGCCGUAAGGACAUGGUGAAGAUCUCCAUGGACGUCUUCGUUCGCUGUCUGCAGCCUGACCGCUACGAGCUGUGGAAACAGGGGAAAGACAACACGGUCCUGGACCACCUGAAACCCACGAGCCUCACCAGCUCCAAGCUGGAGCACUGGAGGAAUACCAGAGUCACGUACAGAGAGAAGCUCCUGCGCAGAGCUCAGGCGAGGAUGAAACAGUUCCGGCGUCUGAAGCUGGAGGAGGUGAAGGUCCUGGCGGAGGAGGGAGUGGAGCUGGAUAUGAGUGAGUAUCUACAUAAGGUGGAGGAGCGCGAGCAGCAGCGACGUCAGCAAAGGGACGAGCGCAUGGCGCGGGAGGCGCUCCUCACGCUGGAGGCGCUGGAGAGGGAGGAGCAGGAGCAGGCGGAAGCGGCGCUUCGGGAAGAAGCCGGUGAAGACGGAAAAACAGAUUCCCAGGAUCCUCCGCCGGAAAACAGAGAGGAGGAGAAGAAGAAGAAGAAGAAAAAGAAGAAGCCAAAGCAUCCCGACGAGCUCUCCUUCCAGCAGGUGUUUGAGCAUUUCGCUUCCAGCGACAUUGAGAGUAAUGGAGCCGCUCCCGGCCUGCAGCCAAGUCCCUUCACGAAGCUGAAGAAGAAAGUUGAGGUAAAGAAGAGUCGAAGACAUCCAUUCAGCAAGCCGCCCAUGCGCUCUCCUCACUCCAUAGUCAAACAGGAAGCUUCCAGCGACGAGGAGCUGUACUCUGGGCUGCCUGUAGGUGGCGGCGUUCAGCCGGAGGCCAAGAAGUCCGAGGAGAGCGCGCUGUGGCAGAACCGUUUGCCAAACUUCCUGGCCGAGAAACAGUUCAACGCUGCGAUGGCGACCAUCGAGCCGCACUGCGCCGUCUGCACGCUCUUCUGUCCGUACACACAGCCCAUUAAGGACCCCUUCCACCUCUCAGACACAUCCGGUCUGGUGUCGCGGGUCGGCUGUCGCACGAGUCCGCUGGUUCCAGAGAUGUGCUUCAGCGCGGGUGCCGAGAACACCGAACCGCUGCCGUCGAACUCCCACAUCGGUGACGACGGCACCAGCAUCCUGCUGUCCUGCGGGAGCUGCGGCCUACAGGUCCACGCCAGUGAUUCGUCAUGCUACAAAGGUUGCAACUCAAGUUUCAUGUUUCCUCGUUACGAUUUGCAGAAGUGCGUCUACUGCCACAAGACGACCAAGCAGAUCUUCGGCGCGUGUAUCCAGUGCUCGUUGGACAACUGCUCCACGUCCUUCCACGUCACCUGCGCCCUCCUCGCCGGAGUCGUCAUGAAGCCGGCCGAUUGGCCGUAUGUGGUGUCCGUCACUUGCCACAAACACAAACAGACCAAUCAGAAGGUCAAAAACAGCUCCCGCGAGCUGUCUUUAGGUCAGGAGGUCAUCGGGAGGAGCAGCAACGGUUGGUUCUAUCGCUGCACCAUCACCGGCAUCGGCACGCAGAACUACUACGAGGUCAACUUUGAUGACGGCUCCUACUGUGAUAAUGUCUUCCCAGAGAACCUGCUGGUGAGAAUGUUUUUUCAUUAUUAUGGUGAUCAUGGUUGCCAAGUGGCUUUGGUCUGGAAGUCCAUUUCCACGACUAAAUAA